AUGCUGUUUUCCACCCGUGCGGCGCUUCUUGGCCUGAGCUUACUUGGAUUUGUCCAAGGCUAUGUGAACACCACCGGACUGAUUUGUCAGUACGGUUGCUGGGAUGAGGAGGAUGAAGCCUGUCAUGGGGGUCUGAAUGAAAUGCAGUGUGCGGAGAUCUACGGUCAUGUCUACUGGGAGCCUUGGUGCGAUUGCGUGGAUGCAGCCACGGGCCAGGCGAACAACAUCACCCAAGCAGAGCCACGCACAGGUGUCGCGAACAUCUACUUCUCCGUGCCAGCUUUUGUGGUUCUGUUCCGCGAGAGCCUGGAGGUUGUCAUCGUCCUCGCCAUCAUCCUACAGUUUCUGCAAAAGAUGAAGCAGGAUGGUCUCAUGCAGCCAGAGCAGUACUACAAGUUCCGACGCGAGGUCUAUGUGGGCGCCGGUUUGGGCUUCGCCUUGUGCUUGUGCUUCGGCGUGGGCUUCUUGGCCUUGGCCUCGUUGACCUAUCAGCUCUUCGAAGGCGACAAUGAACGCAUCUUCCAGUUCUGCAUGAUGAUGCUCACCUCCGCUGUUUUGACCUUCUUGGCCGUCAACUUUUACAAGAUGAUCUUCACCAAGGAAGCGCACGAACGGAAGAUGAAGGCCCAGAUGGAAGCCACCUUGGAGGCGACCCGCGAAGCCGAGUUCCGCUCCGGUCAGGUGAGCUUUGGCCGGAGGCGUGCCUUCUUUGUCUUGGCCUUUACCACGGGGCUGCGAGAGGGCUUGGAAUCGAUCGUUUUCUUGGUGGGCGUGAUCACAGACGUGAAGGAUUUGAGCUCCUUGCCUCUUCCAAUCAUUAGCGCCCUGAUCUUGUCCCGCCUGGUGGGCUGCUGCUUUUUCCAAGGCACUAAGAAGGUUCGCGUGGACUGGUUCAUGCGUGGAUCUGCCAUCCUGCUGAUGUUCAUUGCCGCGGGCUUCUUCUCGGCCUCCAUGCACCAGCUGCAGGAGUUGGACGUCUUCGGCAUUUGGAGCCCACGCUCCGAGCGGCCCUGGCAAAACGUGAAUGUUUGGGAUGCUCGAGAUUGUUGCAAUGACAAGACCAAUCGCUUCUUUGUCCUAAUGCGAGCACUCUUUGGCUGGCAAGAUCAAGCAACACCCGUUGAGAUCUUUGCCUGGUUUGCCUACUGGAUCGUUGGGAUUACAGCGGUGCUCUUGAUGGUCCAUCGGGCCAAGAAGCAACUGGCCAAGAUGAUGGACGAAUGGCGCAAGCAGGAUGAGGCAGCAGAGAAGAAGGAAGGCGAAUUGUCUGACUCUGUGCCGGCUGAGCCCUCCAGUGCUUAG